GUUUGACGAUUGACGAAGAGAGAGAGAGAAAGAUGAAAAAGAAAUGGUUUUCUUUCGUGUUUCUCUGCUUAGCUCUAUUGUAUGUCACUCGGCCAGUUUUAUUGGCUUCUCUAAAGGGCAUGGACUUGUCUAAGUCAGAUCUGGACUCCAGCAUAUUGUGCGACACUUGUAUAGGGCUUGUGACAACUGUUCGGAAACUUGCCAAACUGCAUGUCAGUCAGGAGUUAAUAGAGAAAGCUGCAAUAGAAUAUUGUGAGAAGUCUGGCCUUGCUGACGAGCGUAUUUGUAAGCUGAUUAUACCCGAGUUCAAGGAUGAGGUUCUCUAUGUGUUUGAUCAUACUGCUCUUUCCUCACGUGAGAUCUGUGGCACCAUUCUAAAUGACAAGUGUGGCUCAACGUAUGAUCCUUUCAAUCAACAAUGGAAUGUUACCAUACCUGGUGGUAAACCUCCCAUUAAACCAUAUCAUCCUCCAAAAGUAAACAUUACUAACAGAAUUCUUCAUAUUUCUGAUAUUCAUUGGGACCCUCAGUAUACUCCUGGCCUUCGAGCUCAAUGUGAUGAACCAUUGUGCUGUAGACCACCACUACCUAAUGGAGGUCCAAACAACUCAGCAGGUGCUUGGGGUGAUGCUCGCUGUGAUAUACCACUACAAACUGUUGUAAACUUAAUGGAGCACCUCAGUGCAACACAAGAUCAAUUUGAAUGGAUUUACAUGACUGGCGACUUGCCAGCUCAUAAUGACUGGAGCCAAACAAGAUCAGGCCAAGUUGAUAUUUUUAACAAAAUGAUUGACUUAUUUGAUCAGUAUCUUCCUAAUAAACCUAUGUUUUAUUCAUUUGGUAAUCAUGAGAGUGAUCCAGUCAACAGUUUCCCUCCAAAUUAUAUCACUGGGUCUAACUCCAUUUCAUGGUUAUAUGAUGCUGCUGCUGACAAGUUAAAAAAAUGGCUUAACACAACUGAUGCAUAUAAUACAUUUAAAAGCGGUGGUUUUUAUUCUGUUGAUUACAAUGGAAUAAGAAUUAUUUCAUUACAGACAAACUAUUGUAAUAAACAAAACUGGUGGUUAUUGAUCAAUGGGACUGAUCCUGAUGGAAUGUUACAAUGGUUUAUUGAGAAGUUACUUGAUGCUGAGAAGAAAGGAAUGAAGGUUCAUGUACUGGGCCAUAUCUCACCUGGUGAUGGUGCUGAUUGCUCUAAUGCUUGGAGUACAAAUUAUAAGAAAAUUGCAUUGAGAUUUGAGAAUACCAUUGCUGGACAAUUCUUUGGACAUAGUCAUCAGGACAGGUUUCAUCUUAUGGUGGAUUUUGAAACCAACACUCCUCCUAGACCAUAUGGUAUAUUAUAUCUAGGUCCUAGUGUAACCACUUAUCAGAAUCAGAAUCCAGGAUAUAGAAUUUAUACUGUUGAUGGUAAUUACAAUGAGUCCUCUAGACAAGUACUGGAUCAUGAUACAUACAUACUAAACAUUACUGAUGCUAAUCUUACUAAUAAACCAAAAUGGAUCCAUGAAUACUCAGCUAAAGAUGCAUACAAUAUGACUAAUCUCACACCUGAUAGUUGGUUAUCUUUACUGAAGGAGUUUCUCAAAAACAAUACUCUAUUUUUGAAAUAUUACCAUUAUUUUUGCAAGUCAUACUAUAUGGACUCUCUGUGUAAUGGUGACUGUCAGAAACAGGCAACCUGCAAUUGUUUGACGACUUUCAGCAGUACUAAUGCAUGUAAUGCUAUCACUGCAGUACCUUUGACCAAAGAAGAGAUAGAGAAGAUGAUGUUAUAUGAAAAAUUCCACGACCACUGUUAAUUAGAAUUUAUAUUUUUAAUAUAUACAUGUAGUUUUGUGUCUUUCACUGAAUCAUACAAUAUGGCAUUUAUCAUCACCUUUUUAAUAAAAUUAUUCAAUUGUAGAUGUUCACAAUAUUAA